CAAUUUGCAGCAGAACUUGCAGCGAGGCAACUUUCUGCGACGCAAGCCGACAGCUUGACAGCGAGGCCGACGACGCCGCCCACCUGCAUCCGUCUCCGGCGCCACCAGCCGACGCGGACAAGCGAGGCCGACGACGCAGCCUCCCACCAGCAUCCGUCUCCGGCGCCACACGCCGGGGCCAGGAAAGCUGGCUGACAGCAAGGCAGACGAAGAGGCCGCCGGCAAGCUCCUCGACGACGAGGCCGCCAUGGCGCCGCCGCCGCCGCCGAGCGCCGCGUACGUCGCGCUCAUGGCAUCUUUAUAUGCUGUUUGCUCCUCCACCCUCAGCAUAGUGAACAAGUGGGCGCUACUGGGCCUCCCCUACCCGGGCCUCGUCACGGCCUGCCAGUUUCUCACGACGGCCGUGGUCGUUAGCAUCGCGGGCACUCUGAAAUACAUCGACGUAGAACCUUUGAGAAAGGAUAAGCUCAUGCAGAUGGCGCCGAUAAACAUCGUGUUCUACCUCGCCAUUUUUACCAAUGGCCAAGUGCUGAAAUAUGCGACGGUAGAAACGUUCAUCGCCUUUCGAAGUUUGACGCCGUUAUUGGUCUCCGCUCUAGACACCGUGGUAAGGGGAGAACCAGCCCCUUCGCGGCGCACGCUGUGUUGUCUUUGUGCUAUCGCGCUGGGCGCGGCGAGUUACGCGCACAACGACGCGCGCAUCACGCCGGCCGGCUACGCCUGGGGCGUCGUCUACCUGAGCAUCAUCGUGACGGAGAUGGUCUACGCCAAGCACGUCACGGCCACGAUUCAACUGUCGACGUGGUCGCUGGUGCUCUACCAGAACACGAUCGCGUUAUUCCUCUGGCCCUUUGCUUCGUUGGUAUCAGGCGAGUUCCAGUCCCUGCGACUCUUGGUCCAGACGCCGGAGGCCGAGUCGGAACCGCUCAUGACGAUGACGACGUUAGUACCUUUAUUAUUGUCGUGCGUUUUGGCCAUCGGCAUCUCGUUCAGCGCGUGGGGGACUCGCUCAGCCGUGAGCGCCACGCAGUUCACGGUGCUCGGCGUGGCCUGCAAGCUGGCGACGGUGGCCAUCAACGUGCUGGCCUGGUCGCACCACGCGUCCAUCGAGGCGCAGUUCUCCAUCGUCGUCUGCAUCCUCGCGUCGGUGGCCUACCAGCAGUCGGCCAAGGCCGACAAGGCGGGCAAGGCGCUGCCCGUGACGAAGUAG